GUUAAGCUGAAUAAGAGGAUCAUAUAGCUUCGGCCGUGGAAUAGUCUCGUUCACACUGAACGGGGAAACCACGUAAACCUGUGUGUUCAUUAUCGUUUCUGUUCGUAAGUUUAUGCUAUCUAACAUGGUAUCAGAGCCAAUGUCGUCUGAUCAGAUUACUGCACGUCUCAACUCCAAGAACUAUGCAAUAUGGGAGUUUCAGUUCUGUACGUUGAUUGAAGGGAAAGGGUUUCUCGGUUGGCUCGACGGCACGGCCGCUCGACCUGCCGCAACGGAUGAAGAAGCGCACAAACAAUGGGUUCUCACCGAUGCCAAGGUUCGGAUGCUGCUCCUUAAUUCGGUCGAUCCAUCAAUUAUUUUGGGUCUACGCAUGCUACCUACCGCAGCCGCCAUGUGGAAGUAUCUAGCUGAUACGUACAAGACAGCUGGAGCAUCUCGCCAAUAUGAGGUCGAGGUCGAACUUGCGGCGCUGUUUCAAGGGAGUCUGGAUGUGACUUCGUACUACAACGCAGCUCGCAACCUGUGGACAGAACAGGACAUGAUCAUUGCAAGCCUUCUGACUACCGCCGGUACGCAAGAAGUCAAGGCCGAGAGGGAGAAGAUCAGGCUGAUGCAGUUCCUGAUGCGCUUGAACCCGGAAUUUGAGACGAUCCGGGCUUCUCUCUUGAACCGCGAGAAUCUCCGAAUUGAAGGGGUCUUGGGAGCUCUCAUCCAGGAGGAGACGCGGCUUCGGACUCAGGCUGCCUAUCUCGUAUGUAUUGGGUUUGGCGGGUAUGGGGUAUGCCGAGAGGCUAGCUAGGGUUUGCACCUAGCUUAUAUAAAUACGUAUGUAACCGUAUGCUGAAGUUAAGCUGAAUAAGAGGAUCAUAUAGCUUCGGUCGUGGAAUAGUCUCGUUCACACUGAACGGGGAAACCACGUAAACCUGUGUGUUCAUUAUCGUUUCUGUUCGUAAGUUUAUGCUAUCUAACAGGAAGUUGGAACUCAAACUUUGGUGUGGUGGAGGCGUGGAGCCAGCUUUGUUAUCGCAAUGUCAUGUUUCAUGUGAGGGUUUUAGCUAACGACGCAGUUUGGGCUGGAAGCCUGGAACUCAUGGGGCUAGGCCGCUAGGGGAUGGUUUUGCAUGAUUCAUAGUGAAUGCUUUUGGAGAUGGAAGGUCGAUUGUUUGAUGAAGUCAAUGAUUUUUUUUUUGUGUGGAACUAUUGGUGCCAAGAGAGGCGAUUUGUUGGUGUGUGCUUCACGACGUCAAGCAGGUAGUGUUUGCUAGUGAUACGAAAAUUGUAUUGGAUAAGAUUCGCAACGAAAUUGGGUUGGAUGCUCGUGGGGGUGCCAUUUUGAUAAACAUAGCCGUCCUUCAGGAAUAUUUUAAGAUCUUUAAUAUUUUCUUUAUUGGCGGAUAAAAUACAGGAUUGUCCAUUUGAUGGAGAGUACUUUGGGGUCGUUUGGUUUUGGUGAUAGUUUUGUGAGGAUAGUUAUAAUACAUAUGCAUUAUUGAC